GGGUCGGGCGCGGGGCGCGGGGCGCGGGGCGGGCGGCGCGCGGGCAGCUAUGGCGGGGCUUGGCGGCCGCUCCUUGUUGCCCCGCCCCGCCGCUCGGCGCUCUUUCCGGCGGAGACGGCGAACAUGGGGACACCACAAAAGGAUGUUAUAAUAAAACCUGAUGCUCCAAGCACGCUACUUUUGGAGAAACAUGCGGACUAUAUAGCUGCUUAUGGAACAAAGAAAGAUGAUUACGAGUACUGUAUGUCGGAGUAUUUGAGGAUGAGUGGUGUUUACUGGGGGCUGACAGUAAUGGAUCUCAUGGGACAACUGCACCGAAUGAACAAAGACGAAAUUCUGGCAUUCAUCAAAUCAUGUCAACAUGAAUGUGGUGGUAUAAGCGCCAGCAUAGGUCAUGAUCCUCAUCUUCUGUAUACCCUCAGUGCUGUUCAGAUUCUUAUCUUGUAUGAUAGUCUCCAUGUUGUUGAUGUUAAUAAAAUUGUUGAAUAUAUACAGAGCUUGCAAAAAGAAGAUGGAUCAUUUGCUGGAGACAAAUGGGGAGAAAUAGAUACAAGGUUCUCCUUCUGUGCUGCAGCAACUCUUGCACUUCUGGGAAAACUGGAUGCUAUUGAUGUGGGGAAAGCAGUAGAAUUCGUUUUGUCCUGUAUGAACUUUGAUGGAGGAUUUGGUUGUAGGCCAGGUUCUGAAUCGCAUGCAGGACAGAUCUAUUGUUGCACAGGAUUUCUGGCCAUAACCGACCAGUUGCAUCAAAUAAAUGUUGACUUGCUGGGCUGGUGGCUUUGUGAACGACAGUUACCUUCUGGAGGUCUCAACGGACGACCCGAGAAGUUACCUGAUGUAUGUUAUUCAUGGUGGGUGCUAGCAUCUCUGAAAAUGAUUGGUAGAUUGCAUUGGAUUGACAGAGAGAAAUUGCGCUGCUUUAUUUUGGCUUGCCAAGAUGAGGAGACUGGAGGAUUUGCUGACAGACCAGGAGAUAUGGUGGAUCCAUUUCACACCCUAUUUGGAAUUGCUGGACUCUCUUUAUUAGGAGAAGAGCAAAUUAAGGCCGUGAAUCCUGUGUUUUGUAUGCCAGAAGAUGUCCUUCAAAGAAUAAAUGUACAGCCUGAGCUUGUGAGCUAAGCCUUGUAGAGGCAAAAGAUUGAUAUGCCCAGUCGCUUUGGUUUUACUGAUCGGAAGUCAUCCCUGAAACUGUUAGCAUAUUCUUCUUUUCAAUAUGUUUACAUUACUGUGGUAAAGCAACUGCUUUACUGUGAGCUUUGUCACUUUGUAAAUUGUGGCAGAACAGGCUUGUUCUAAUAAUCUGAGUGUAACAUGUUCUUAGGUUGUAUAUAAAAGAUGUAGAAACCUUUUCUGUAUCUAAAUAUAUGGGCUUUUGGAAUUUUUUUCGACUAUUCAAGUAAGUUGCAGUGAUAGUAUGAAUGUCUUAAUUUCUGUAUUCCUGUGAUAUCAACCAUAGUAGCAUCUGUCUUUAUACAAGCAUGAUUUGAUGGUGGAUCACACAAAGCACUUUAAAAGAACACGAAAAAAUCCUACUUAAGCCACUGCAUUUAAUGUCACACGGUUGUGUAUUUAAUUCUUCCUGUUUGCCAUCAUGUUUAUAUAAUAAGAUGCAAACUUUUUCUUCUGAUAGUAGCUGAUACCAGUCAAAACAAGAGUUAUGGUUCCCAUUAAGUAUACAAAUAUGUUGUUAUUUAUUGAUAAAGUAUCAUUGAUACUUGAAAUGGAACGUACCUUGAAUAUAUAUAGUGAAACUUGCUAACACUAUGCAUUCUGGAGAUCUUUCUCUAUAGGACAAUGAUUUAUUGCUGAAUACAGUGUUGAUUCUCAAUUUGUUGCUGGGUUGAAAACCUGCUGCCAUAGCUUUUAAGAAAAUAACCGCCGGCAUUUCAUUAUGAUGUAAUUGAGAAUAAAACUAGCCAUGGAAAAUACUUGUUUUCUGAAGGAUGAAGUCCUCUUUCUAUUCACUGGAGCCCUAAAAGUGCCUCUUAUUUUAUAUCCCACACAUUCUGACAGAGCACUAAAUGGUAUUCCAGCUGAAAUACACAGUGAAAGGUGUAAUUGCAGAGAAGUCUUUAAUAAUCUCUAUGCUUAAAGAAGGUCUAUAGUUUUUCAAAAACAGUUUUUAAAGGAGACUAGAUAUUCUUAUUCAAUCUAUUCAUGCCACUAGAGGAUAGGAUAGAACUGGACAAUUUAAUUUUUUGGUGGACUUUGUAGCAAGUUUCAAAGAGAGCACAUAUUUGAAUACUCAAACAACUCUAACAAAUUUCUUAAACCUUAAUUUCUCUAAAGGCUUUCUGAUGGGGUCAAAAAACUAUUAACUGUCCAGGUGCCUGAUGCGUUGUUUGGUGAAGGCCUGGCAGAAGUAAUUCCUUUUUCCAAGACUUUUAAAAAGUUACGGUAGGCUUUGUGUUGAGUGGGGAGAAAGAGAGCACUGUUCAAGUUUUCUAUAUCUGUAAAGUUACACAGAAGCUUUAAUUUUUUUUUCUCUCAUUCCAGGUUACCUUUUCAAGUGCCACUUUUUUUUUUGUCAAAGGAAUUGCUGUUCAGUACUUAGGAAUUUGCCAUCUUUUUCUAUGUAACAAAGUUCUCUUGAGAAUUUCUAGUCUAGAUGAAGACAUCCUGGGAAUUAAUACAUGGGUGAUACUGUAGGACAGCAUAGAAUACUAUAGGUUAAAAUCAUGUUAAUAUUACUGGAGUGUUUUUCUCAAGACAAUUUGGUCAAAUUUUUUUCGUAAAUCAGCUGUGGUUUUUAAGAUGUGUUUAUAAGAUCACUAGUUAAAAGAGUGGAUCACUAGUUAAAAGAGUGGAUGGGUAUACAAACUAGUAACUUCAAUUUUUUUUUCAUUUUUAACAUUUUUUCUUAAAAAAGAAACUAGAAAGUAAGAUGGUGUCAUUUUUUUACACAAAUUAAAUCAUAAUCUUUAUUAAAUAUACUGUGAAAAAAAUUGUUUCCCCAACAUGCAGAUGUUAGAGGACUUAGUUCAUUUUGGUGCAGAAUGCAUUGCUGUCAUCUACCUCUAUUUUGUUAAAUGUGUUUCUUGGUAAGAUUCUUAGUGUACAUACUUAACAUAAUUGCAGUUAUUAAUCUUUUGUUCUAGGUCUUCAGUUAAAGGUCCUUUAUUAAAGGCUUUCACGAAUUUA